GAGCGGGAAUCGAACUCAGGUCGCCGGGUUCGUAGCGCAGCGCUGACCGCGACACCACCGCUCCCCAGAACAACACACGCAGACAGACACAGGGACAGAGAGACGCACAGCAGACGCAUUGAGAGACCAAUAGGAAGGUAGACAGACUGCAAUCGGGACAGAGCUGUAGAAAAAGAGAAGUUAAAGGAGAAAGGGAGAGAGAAAGUGGAGAGGCAGGAAGUGUGACAAAGACAUUGAGAGACGCAGAAGUGGGCAGAAGUUCAGAGAGACCGAGAGAGGGAUCACAACCACAGAGAGAAAACUAAUGUCUUUAGAACUGAUGCGUGUGUUUAGUUUGUUGUCCUUCCCCCACGCCUCCGAUUAGCACGGUUGGCUACGUACGGUGUGAAAGAAGUUCAGCGUUCAUGCACACAAAAAGAGAGAUCUGUAGACGAAAGGGAUAGAUCAACGUAAAUACACAGAGAGAGGGGGGAGAGAGGGGGGCAGAAGAGUUGGGUGGGAUAGAGAGAGAGAGAAACAAGGGGACAGGGAGAGAAGCAGGGAGAAAUAGGGACCAGGCAGAGAGGGGAGAGAGGAUGUUGGGCAGGGACGAGCAAGGUGAUGAAGAGGAGGUGGAGGAGGAGGAGCUGGUGAGACCCAACGUCUCGCCGGACAAGGUGAGGGAGCUGGUGGAGAGGCUGUACGGCAUCAAUGCCACCACCGUCACCGAGCUGGGCAGCUACGACGACCAGAACUUCCACGUGGAGGCACGAGGCCACGCGGUCCCUGAACCUUCCGCCUCCUCGUCGUCGUCGCCGUCCGUCGUGUGUCCCCACGGCUAUGUGCUGAAGGUGACCAACUCAGCCGACAGCCGGCACCGCGCCGGCCUCCUACAGGCGCAGACGGAAGCCGUGCGUUUCCUGGGCGAGCGCGGGUUCCCCGUGCCGGCGGUCGUGCCCGCCGCGGACGGGCGGCUCAUGGCGAUGGAGACGCUGGACGGCGACGGAUCGGAGUCACGCUUCAUCGUGCGUCUCUUCACCUUCCUGCCGGGGACGUUGCUGGAGGAGGUGGAACCCGGCGACGAUCUGCUCCGGCAGAUGGGACGCACGCUCGCCCGCAUGAACCGCACGCUGCACGAGGAGUUCCACGAGCCGUGCCGGGCGGCACUUCACUCGGACGGGCGGUGGGGCCUCCGGCAGGCCCACCUCAUCGCCCCGUUCGUGGACGAGGUGGAGGACGUCUCCCUGCGUGCCACGCUUGCUGACGUGGUGCGCCAGUUCCGCGAGCGUGUGCUACCCAACCUGCGACACUUUCGGCCCUCGAUCAACCACAGCGACUUUCACGACCAGAACCUGCUGGUGCGCCCCAAACCCUGCGCCGGCGGUGAUGGCGCUGGUGGCUGGGAGCUGUGCGGAAUCCUCGACUUCAGCGAUGCGUGCGCGGGGCCGCUGGUCCUCGACGCGGCCGUCGCGAUGGCUGACGUGGUUGCGUCGGCGCGCCACCCCAACCUCCGGCAGGCCCUGCGCGCGGCCGGCGUCUUCCUGGCGGCGUUCGAGCAGGAAGCGGGGGCCCCACUGACGGCAGCCGAGCGCGGGGCCCUCUUCAUCCUGGUGACCGCCCGCCUGGCGCAGUCGGCGGUGCUGGCGGAGCGCGACGCGCGCACGAUGGCGAGCGGCGGCCCGGCGGGCGGCCGGGCGCGUCGCGUCGGCGCGUUCGUCGCUCAGGAGGCGGGGCGGGUCAGAGAACUGUGGGCGGUGGGGGAGGAUGAGGCGUGGCGCUGCUGGAGACGGGGGAGCGACCCGCCGGACGAGCUGGGGCUGCCGAGAACGUAAUGUCGUUCGUCCCGCACCUCCCUUUGGCGCGGUUGGCUACGCACGGUGCGGGAAUGACAUUCGUUGUACGUACGUACGUGUGUGCAUACGUACGUGCGUAUGACAGCACCGCCAACAUCGGGAGUAGGGGGCGCGUGUAGAUGAUACGGUGAUACUGUGGCUCUCAUCGUGGACCGACGAAUGUCACAACCCAAUUAAUGGGAUGACUCUCGUGUGGAUGCACGUAUGUUGAACUUCUUUCGCACCGUACGUAGCCAACCGCAUGCCAAUUGGAGCAUGUGGAGGAAAGACAACAAACUAAACACAAAAAUGCAUUCUUAGUCCUGCCCCUGGCCCUGCUUAUAAACCCAUCCCAGAUUCAUCGUCUUUGCGAGACCAGUGUAUUUUGGUUUCGUUCCGACUCGGCAGUGGCAAACCACCUGAACCUUGAAGGCCCCUGCGUUCACUCAGUUGGGCUGUGCCAGCGCCCAAAGGGGGUAUCAGAUCCGAGGGAUAAAACCAAAAAGCCUGGCCAGGAAGUGUCUAUCAUGCAAUAAAGGGAGAUGAGACGUUCACUAACCCCGAGAGAAAAUCGAUUCCCCACUUUUUUGUUGUCGAAUAUAUUUAAAUCAAGUGCUCUAAUCAGAUUGCAUUGUGAUAAAUGCCUGCUAUCUCGGCA